CCUCUGUUUUGUGCUGGUAUCCUGCAGUUGCCUGAGUGCCAGAGAAUCAGUGCAACCGACUCAGAACAGGCAGAAUGUCCGGGGACCUAAGGAGAAGACGGGUUGGAAUUGUGGGCUAUGGGCAUCUAGGCCAGUACCUGGUAAAACAGCUACAAGAUGACGGACUCCGACAUGGGCUGGAGCUGGCCUUUGUUUGGAACCGGGACGCCAGGAAGCUGGUGGGGACAGUGCCAGAGGAGCUGCAGCUGGGGAAGCUGACGGACUUCUUGGAGCGGCGGGCUGACGUCAUCAUUGAAGUGGCCCAUCCCUGCAUUGUCCAAGAUCACGGGGAGUCCUUUCUGAAAGCUGCAGAUUUCAUGGUGGGAUCGCCAACGGCCUUGGCAGAUUUAGACACCGAGCUUAAAUUACGCAAAGCUUCAAGAGAGGCCGGGCACACCCUCUAUAUCCCCAGUGGGGCUCUAUGGGGUGGACAAGACAUCCAGAGGUUGGAUGACGGAGGAUUACUUCAGGCACUGACUGUUACAAUGGUGAAACACCCCAGCAGCUUCCGACUGGGUGGGCACCUGGGGGAGCUUGCGAAAGGUGCCCAGCAGGAACGCGUGGUCCUCUAUGACGGCCCUGUGCGGAGAUUGUGUCCCUUGGCUCCCAACAACGUCAACACCAUGGCAGCAGCCUGCAUGGCCGCACCCAGCCUGGGCUUUGACGGCGUGAAAGGCUGUCUUAUAGCUGACCCCAACCUACCCAAUUACCACGUGGUGGAGAUCGAGGCCACUGGACAAGGCGGCUUCUCCGUCAGCACAAAGCGCAAGAACCCAGCUGCCUGUGGGGCCGUCACAGGGGCAGCCACUUUUGCCGCAUUCUGGAGCAGCCUGUUAGUGUGCCAGGGCCACGGAGGCCGAGUCUAUCUCUGCUGAGCUUUAUUGCAUCUGUUCUCUAGAGGAUUCACAGACGAGCUCCGUGGGUGCCAGAGGUUCGGUUGCAGGGAGCUGAGAAGGCCGGGAAAGAAAAGAGAAAUACCAGCUUCAAACCCCGCUGCAUGUCUUUAAUCCAUCAACUCUAUAAACAUCCAUCUGUCUCUGCCGUCUUCCAUUUCCAGCAGCCUUCUUGUCUCGCACCCGCCGUCCACAAGCAAUCUGAAUUCUGCAGUCCUGUGUACACUUACUUAGGAGCAAGUCCCAUUUGGCCUAUUAGAGAGAUGCCCUCAAGAGUCUUUCAUAUGAUUCAAGGGUGUUUUAGAGGAACAGGGAAGGGCUCUUCCAAGUGCCACUCACAGCAAUAUUGCUGCAACACUGGCGAGUUAAAAUAUCCCCCGGUGAUUGAGGAGCAGACGGAACACAUAUUAUUGUCAAUUAGAGAAAAUGGAAGAGAUGUGGGGAAAGACCAGGGGAGAUAAUCUGACUGGCCUUCCUCAACCGUUAUACUAAAUAUCUAAUUAUAAGAAUAUAUGAGUAAAGAAGCCUCUUAACCUGGCUCGUUUCCCCCCUCUUUCCCCUUCCGUUAAAAAACAACAACUCAUUAAUACUUCCAAUUUCUCUCUCUCUCUCUCUCUCUUUUUUUUUUUUUACUUUAUUAUUGAUUAGAGGCUACCACCCAACUGAGGAAGACUUGCAUUACAAUUCUAAACAGGCUUACAGAGGAAUAAGGCCCACUGAAUUCUAUGGCACUUACUCCCAGAAUAAAAUAUGCUUAGGCUCA